AUGGAAAGAAAGAAUCAUAAAACAGACAUUUUACUUGAAUUUACACUGAAGGCGACUGAAUUCAUAAUCCAGUCAAGAAGUUCAAUACCAAGAUCAGAUACAUUAACAAAAACUUCAUUAAGACUGUCCACUAUACAAUUCAUGAACAUUCGUGACCAAAUUUCUUCUUAUUUCAAUGAAAAUUCUCCAACGAAAGAAUUUGCUAUAGAAGUUCUGGAAACAUGUGAAGGCUGUCAUCCCUUACUUUUGGAACGUUGAAAUUUUAUAUUGGCUUCCAAAAGAUUUAAAUUCAGUAAACCUUAUAAAAAAAGGGAGCUCGACGCAGUAUCCGGUAUCAGAACUCUUAUAUCUGGUAGCCUUCUUCUCCCAGCUACCUAUAAAGUAAAAUCUUCAAUCUCAAUAGCUAUCAGAAAAUCAGUCAUUGAUUUUGCCAGCUGAGACCCAAAUCUGACUGACAAAGAAAUUUUGAAAUUCCCGAGCCAGAAACUGCAAAUUGAAGGUGAAAACAGUCUUUUAGAAGUGUACAUAGAAUAUACAAAUACCACGUUGAAGCCUCGGUUUGCAAGACAGUCAUUAGGAAUUAGACCGCGUUUAAUAUCUUUUGAUGUAGCUGAUGUAGAAUUUAAAGAAUCCCCCAAAGCCAAUUCUUUAAAAAAGAGCAUCAACUCGAUAGAAAGCACAGAAGCUUCCCCUUUAAUGAAAGGAAAUAAGCUAUCUUUGAUUAUUCUCUAUUGAUUUAAGUCUGAUUUUAUUAUAUUUUUUUUAUUAAAAAUCCUAUUUUAAUUUUCUUAUAAUAAUUCUGAAAGUUUUUAUGAAGAAAGUGAAGCUGGAUUUAGGCUGAUUUCAAGCGAUUACGGAGAUGAAAGCUCAGGAUCAGAAAAAGAAGAAGAAAAUGAGUUCGCAAACAACAGUUUUCAGAUGGAUUUUGGGUCUGAAAACUUAGAGGAGGAUGAAUCCGACUCUAUUGUAUCAUUAUAUUUGAAACAGUGUGACAAAGCUAGAGAUGUAUCAUUAUAUAAAGGAGGGCAGAGCACUAUUACAGAAGCCUUUUCACUAGUUAGGAAGUGGAAGAAUAGACUGUAA